GAGCUGCCGCCAAGUAAAUCUCACAUUAGCACAAUACAAAUAACCUCCACCAUGAGGUUCUUGGCAGCGUUGGCAAUGCUCGCCCUCUCGCUCUCACUAACAGAGAGCGUGAUGGUGUGUUACCUGGAAUCCUGGGCUGUGUACAGGCCUGAUAAGGGCAUGUUUGAUGUGGAAGACACAGACCCAAACAUUUGCACUCACCUGAUAUUUGCCUUUGCUGGCAUCACCAACGACGGGGAGAUUAAGGUACUUGACCCAUUCCAUGAACUUUGCGACAACGACGGUGAGUGUGCCUUCGACAGGUUCACCGCUCUGAAGAAACAGAAUUCUGAAUUGAAAACCACACUCGCUGUCGGGGGCUGGACGGAGGGCUCCGAGAAAUACUCCAAGAUGGCUGCAGAUCCUGCCAUGAGGCAAACAUUCAUCAGCAGUACCAUGGCACUCUUGAAGGCACACGACUUCGACGGUCUAGACAUGGACUGGGAAUACCCAUGCCAGAGGAGUGGAAUGCCCCAAGACAAAGAGAACUUCGUCACCUUGUUGGGGGAGCUGGCUGAAGCGCUCCACGCAGAAGGGAUGAUCCUGACAGCCGCCGUGGGUGCCGGAAAAUACACAAUCGACGAGUCCUAUGACGUGCCGGGGAUAGCUGAACACGUGGACAUCUUGAACCUCAUGACGUACGACUUGCACGGUGACUGGGAUAACUUCGUGCACCACCAGUCCGGACUCUACCCCUAUAGGGAUGACUACGGGGAGAUGAAGUACCUCAACGACGACUACGCUGUCAAAUACUGGAUAAAGAAGGGAAUGCCGAGCAACAAAAUAGCGAUGGGUGUGCCCCUGUAUGGCCGCUGCUGGACUCUGGACGACCCCUCCCAGACCGACUACUACUCCUCCGCCAGCAACCCUGGAGAACCGGGGCCCUGGACCGAGGAGGCCGGCAUGUUGGGCUACAACGAGAUCUGUUACGGACAAACGACGCAGCCAGAUCAGUGGGUGAUAGCGACAGCCGAGGGCAUGAAUGAACCUUACACCUACCGCGGCUCACUCUGGUGCUCCUACGAGAACCACACCUCUGUUGCUAUCAAGGCUCAGUACGCCAAGGCGCACAACCUGGCGGGUAUGAUGGUGUGGAGUUUGGACACUGAUGACUUCCGCGGUGACUGUAAAGCUCGUCCCUUCGACCUGAUCAAGACCAUGGUGGAGAACUUUUGAGGCAACGAAUGAACCUUAAUAGAUCCGAGCAAAACUGUUCAAAGUUGUCCAGCAGGAUCCUUCUUUCACUGAAUGUUCAUAAUUACAGAAGAAACCCACUUGAAGAACAUUAUUAUGAAACACUAAAUGACAUUUACCUUAAAAAUCAAUUUUGUAAAAUUUAAAGGCUUACCAACUAAUAUGUAUAUUAGAAAAUGCUUAAGAAUAUCUAUCAGAUACCUAGCGGGUCAAAAAUUUAAAUCGAUUACUAAUAAAAUGGAAGUUUGU